AUGUCCCUUUCGUCGAGCAAGCUUUUCACUCCUCUCCAACUCGGAGAUAUUACUCUCGCCCACCGAGUCGUCAUGGCUCCACUCACACGGUUCCGAGCUGACGACAGUCAUGCGCACACCGAGCUCGGUGUCGAAUACUAUGCCCAAAGAGCCGAGGUUCCUGGUACACUCUUGAUUACAGAGGCCACGCCUAUCUCUCCAGAAGCGUCUGGCUACGAUCGUAUUCCGGGUAUUUGGUCCGAUGAACAAAUUGCAGCAUGGAAAAAGGUGACUGAUGCGGUACACGAGCGGCACUCUUAUAUCUUUCUCCAGCUCUGGGCGCUGGGACGUGCGGCAGACCCCAGGGUCCUUGCGCGUGAAGGCUUGCCGUUCGUCUCGGCUUCUGCAGUCCCGAUGGAACAAGGCGGUCCGGUCCCGAGGGAACUAUCCGAGGAUGAGAUCAAGCAGUACAUCGAGCAAUACGUACAAGCAGCCAAGAACGCGAUACAUAAAGCGGGCUUUGAUGGUGUCGAAAUCCAUUCUGCCAAUGGCUACUUGCUUGACCAGUUCCUGCAGGACAACUCGAACAAACGUUCUGACCGAUACGGUGGAUCAGUCGAGAACCGGGCUCGCUUUGUUCUCGAGGUGGUAAAAGCGGUCACUGCUGCCGUCGGAGAAAAGAAGACUGGCAUUCGAUUCUCUCCAUGGAAUACCUUCCAGGGCAUGAGAAUGCAAGAUCCUAUUCCUACAUUUUCAUAUGUGGUCAACGAGCUCUCUCAGCAUCACGGUGAUCUCGCGUAUGUUCAUUUCGUGGAGCCUCUUGUGGAAGAAGCGCCUACCGAGGACGUUCAAACCGUCAAGCGACCCGAGUCUAAUGAUUUUGCUCGAGAAAUCUGGGGUCCUCGUCCCUUCCUCAGUGCGGGAGGAUAUGACGCCAAGAGGGGAGAAGAAGCAGCAAGCAAACACGACAAUACUGCCAUCGUAUUUGGACGUUACUUCAUCUCUAAUCCCGACUUGCCUGAGCGUCUGAGAAAUGGAAUUGCUUUGGCAGACUACGACCGUAAUACGUUCUAUAGCCCCGGCCCGAAAGGAUACGUAGACUAUGCCAGGGCGGGCCAAGUUCAAGCUUGA